AAAUACAUCCAUUCAGCUGCUUGACCUGACCAAACCAGAUCCACAAGAUUGCCCUCCACGUGUGAAACAUAUGGAUACUCUUACAGCCUCCUCUGUUUCCAGUAGACCCUGGGUGCUCCAGUUCUUUAGAAACCUCUUUGGGAGCAGCAGACAUGUUAGACUGGAGGGACAAGGGCCCAAGGCAGAUGCAAAAGAGAAGGAAAGUGUCCAAAGUGAGCUCCUGGAUUCCCCUCUGCCUGAUACUGAAGCAAGAUUGUCUUUCAAAAACACAGAACUAGAUAACACUUCUUUCACUGAGAUCUGUGAGGCGGUGAUGGAUAGCCAUGCUGAAAAGCUAUCAGGACACCUGAAAGAAAUCAGUCUUGGAGACACCAUUUCCACAGCUGAGAAGACAUUCUCCACAUUGUUAGAGUCAACUGGGUUAGAGAUGGGGGACUCAGAUGGCUUUGCUGACUCCAAAAUAAAUAAAUUGGCCCAUCACCCAACCGAAAUAGUUCCUGCCUCAGAUGAGAAGAAAAGUCACAGAGGAACACUGGGAAUGGAUGAAAUCUCCCAGGCCCCGUGUGCAGAUGAUGAAGUUUCCAUGGCUGCAAGAUCUUUGGCAGUUACUGAGGACUGCAGUGCUGAAGAGGAGAGAGAGCUUCUAUUGAAAGAGGAUGUAAGAGUUGAACCUCCAAAAACAGAGCUGUCUCGCUGGAACAGACUCAUCAACAUGUACAAACAGCGCCGGAGGCUUCCUGCUACUAAAGUGUCUCAUCUCCAGUCCAUUCCUGCACAGCCAGAAACUGAAGAUGAGGCCACUGUGGAUCUGAUGAUCUAUGGAGUGGCCACACCCAAGCCCCAAUUCAUCCUAUCAGAUUCUUCUGGGACUGCCUAUGUCUGUGGGUUUCCUGGAAAUGAGUCUGGGGAUUUAGCUGGUCAUUGUGAGACAGCACAAGGAGGAUCCAAUGAUGCAGGAAGCACCCUGGAGCAUCCUAAGAACAUAUUCUGAGAAGGCUUGGCUGGAGUUGCUUUGAGUUUGCAAACACUCUCCUUUUCUGCUUUGAUCACUGGAAGAUGGUCUCCUGAGAAUUCUGAUGUCGAAUCCACCAGGACUAUUGCAGGCUUUGCAGGCUCACUACUUGUCUUGAGGCUCAUUCCUUUCUUUAAGAAGCAUAUAUAGGU